CCUGUCGCCUGCGCUGCUGUGGGCAGGCUGCGAGGAGCCAGCCCGGACCGUAUCUGCCCACGAAGGACAAGGGCAGGGGCCGGAGCCUUGCGGCAGGGCCAUCCUCUGCGGCGGGCAGCACUGCGAGGACAGCACGGCCGGGCAGCUAGGGGCCCGAUCCCUCGCCCCUCACCGUGCUGGGCACCCCGGGGAGGCCGUAAACUUUGUGCCGGGAGGCGUCCGGUUGCUUCUGGCGAGGGGCUGAGCCAUCCCGGGCACAGCGAUGUCGGACGCCGUGGAUCUGUCCUUCCUCUCGGAUGCGGAGAGGGAUUUGAUCCUGCAGGUCCUGCAGCGCGACGAGGAGCUCCGCAAAGCAGAGGAGAGGAGAAUCAGGCGCCUGAAGAACGAGCUGCUGGAGAUCCGUCGGAAGGGAGCCAAGCGCGGCAGCCAGCGCUACAGCGACCGGACCUGCGCCCGCUGCCAGCAGAGCCUGGGCCGCCUCAGCCCCAAAGCCAACACCUGCCGGGGCUGCAACCACUUGGUGUGUCGGGACUGCCGUUCCUACGGCCCCAACAGCUCCUGGCGCUGCAAAGUCUGCACUAAAGAGGCUGAGCUGAAGAAGUCAACAGGCGACUGGUUCUAUGACCAGAGAGUCAACCGCUUUGCCAACCGUCUGGGCAGCGACAUGGUGCGGCUGUCCCUGCGGCACAGGACAGCAGCUAGUAAAAGGGAGACUGUAGGACAAACCCUUCUCCAGAAAGCUCAGCUCAGUGAGCCCAAAAACUCCUCCACAAGCCGGCAGCCGAGCCCCCCAGCACCCCGGGAGGGGCCUAGUUUGUUUCUGGAUGCCUCAGAGUCUCGGGAUGGCAAAAGUGACACAGAGUCCAUGGAAAACAUGAGCCUGGAUGGUUACAGAUCUAGUCCUGGUGGCGUGGGGGGCAGGAGCGACUCUCAGGAGAGAGCCACCCAUCUCAGAGAUGGAAAACAGGUUACUGCACCUGCAGGACCUGCUGCCUCCAGCCUCACCCUCCCUCUGCGCUCCAAAACUGCCUUCUCCAGCGGACAGGAUGCUUCCCCAGAGAGCCGCAGCAGUGCCUUGGUGGAUGAGCAUGAAACAAUAUUCCAGAAGAAUCCCCGGCGGGUGGUGAGACCCGCGGACUACACCAAGUCGGUGAUUGACCUGCGCCCAGAGGAUUACGUGGUGGAAGGCAGCUCUUUGGGGGACAGGAGCAAGUCAGUCCCUGGCCUCAACACAGAGCUGGAGGAGGAGGAGGAGGACAUUGAUAACUUGGUGGAGAUCCAUCGCCAGAGAGUGGCCCGGGGCAGCAUGCGCAGUGGCACCUCCUCGCCCCACCAUGUCUUCCAGAGCACACUGGGAAGCAUGGUCAGCAUUUACAGUGAGGCCGGCGACUUUGGCAACGUUGCAGUCACCGGGGGAAUCUCCUUCUCCCUGAGCUACGAGCAGAAGACACAGACCUUGUUCAUCCAUGUGAAGGAAUGUUGCCAGCUGGCCUACGGGGACGAGGGCAGGAAGCGCUCCAACCCAUAUGUGAAGACCUACCUCCUGCCAGACAAAUCCCGGCAAGGGAAGCGCAAGACAACCAUCAAACGCAACACCAUCAACCCUGUGUACAAUGAGCUGCUGAAGUAUGAGAUGAACAAGUCCCUCUUGCUUGCGAGGACUCUGCAGUUCUCGGUCUGGCACCACGACCGUUUUGGCCGCAACACGUUCCUGGGGGAGGCAGAAGUCCCUCUGGAUGCCUGGAACUUUGAGAGUCAUCUGGAGGAGUUCCUGCCCCUGCAUGGGAAGGCUGGAGUGGAUGCUGCUGGUCUCCACCAGUACAAGGGGGAGCUGGUCGUCUCCAUGAAGUACAUCCCAUCUUCCAAGCACCCUGGGGCUGGUAACAGCAGGAAGAGCAAAGCAGGAGAGGGCGGUGAGCUCCAAGUCUGGAUCAAAGAAGCCAAGAACCUCAUGGCUGCCAAACCUGGGGGGACCUCAGACAGCUUUGUCAAGGGCUACCUCCUGCCACACAAAAACAAAGCCUCCAAGAGAAAGACACCUGUGGUGAAGAAGACCCUGAACCCUCACUACAACCACACCUUUGUCUACAAUGGCAUCAACCCUGAGGACCUGCAGCACAUCUGCCUGGAACUGACAGUCUGGGACAGGGAGCCACUGUCCAGCAACGACUUCCUCGGGGGUGUCCGUCUUGGGGGGGGCCAUGGCAUGAGCCGCGGACAGGCCGUGGACUGGAUGGACUCCACGGGUGAGGAGCUGAACCUUUGGCAGAAGAUGUGCCAGUACCCAGGCUCAUGGGCAGAGGGGACGCUGCAGCUGCGCUCCACCAUGGCCAAGCUGAGGCUGUAGCUGGGGCAGCGUGCUGAGGGCUGUCCCUGCUGCUGGGCAGCCCCUCACUGCACCCUCUGCCAUGGCUCCCAAAUGCCUGGAUUCUUUUAUUUUUUGCUUAUACUUUAAUAAACAUGAUCUUCUUUGAACAGGCUCAGGCAGAAA